UUUCAGUCAAGAAAGAGAGCAAAGGAGAGUUGGUGAUCUCUUGAACAAAUCACCUUUUAGGGCGGCAAGAUAGGUUCUUCAAGAAAAGGGAGGAACAAGGGAAAACAGGAGGUUUUCCCCGUGGACCGACCCGUGACGAGAUCCUAUUCCCAGGCCCAUAACAAUUUGGUAUCAGAGCAAGGCGUCAUGGGUGACCUUGAGCAGUUGAAGACUAGGGUUCAGGAUCUGGAGCUCAAGAUCAUGGAAAACAACACGGAGGUGCGCAAGAUCAAGGACGACGUCCGAGAAUUAAGGCGCUUGAUGGAGUUGUAUUUUUCCAGCAAGGAAAGGAACCCGGAAGGGGCUGCAACCACAACCGGCUGCCGACCAGACGUGGCAGAAUCGUCGGGCGAGCAAUAGGUCAUUGACCUAGCGCAAGUUAGCAACACCCAGAAUGUCCCGAUUAAGCAGGAAUCCGGUGUCGUCGAGGUGUCGCAGAAUCUUGGGAUUGUAUAUCUUCAAGUUGUUGCAGGUGCUGGGGCAAGUGCUGGUGAAGGAGCUUGUAUGCCUCAUGUUGCGGCUGCAAGUGUUGCAAAAGAGUGUUUGUUAGCUGUAGUCAGAUCAGAUCCUAGGGCUGCACAUAUCUGGGUAAAUCUUCCUAAUGCAUACUAUUUGGCUGGUGAUCAUAGAAGUGUUGGAAGGUGCCUGGAGAAGGCAGCAAAACUGGAGCCUAAUUGCAUGUCAACUCGAUAUGCUGUCGCGCUUCAUCAUAUCAAGGUUGCAGAAAGGUCUCAAGAUCCCACUGAACAACUUUCAUGGGCUGCAAAUGAAAUGGCUUCAAUACUCAGAGAAGGGGACUCUGCAACAAUUGAGCUUCGGAUAGCAUGGGCAGGACUUACCAUGGUUUACAAGGCUCAACAUGAAAUUGCAGCAACGUUUGGAACUAGACAUAGUGAUUUGACGGAAGUGGAAGAGCGAGUUAUCUACACACUAAAGCAAGCAAUAGAAGAGGAUCCAGAUGAUGCGGUUCAGUGGCACCAGCUUGGCCUUCACAAUCUUUGUACUCUACAGUUCAAGACAUCUCAGAAGUACCUUAAGGCUGCAGUUGGCCGCGGCAAAAAAUGCAGCUAUGCAUGGUCAAAUCUUGGUAUCUCACUACAGCUGCCUGAGGAUGAACCCUCUUCAUUGGAACCCGAUCCAGGAGGGCAAAAUCAUUCCACCUAUCCGGGAUUCCUUUGACUGUGUUUCAAGACACCCAUCAUGAAUUCGAGCUUGAGGACAAGCUCGUAGUCCAGGAGGGGAGUAAUGAUGUGGGCGCCGGCAGCAACAACAGUAAUUUAGUGCUGCAGCAGCAAUAAUUUAGUGUUCUCAGCAGCAACAAUUUAGUGUUCUCAUCCGAUCUUAUCUAUUCAGUAUUCUUACCU